CUGUUUAUAUCCCAAUGAGGUUUGAACAUUAGCCUUCCAACUGAUUGUUCUAAUAGUGAUAACUUAGUCAUUCUGUAAUAUACAUUAUAAUUCUUUGAUGAUUAGCAGUCAUAAAAUCAUAAUCAUGUGGGAAUAAAGCAGUUCCAUAUUUUACAGUUGAAUAUCUCUUUACUUUUCCUAUCACCUCCACGUUUUGAGGAAACCCUAGACUAGAGCUAAAGGUAUUGUUCUGAUAGAGGCAACUUUUUUCAAGGAGCUGAGAUAGGGUAAUAAGUCAACGAAUGGGAGAAUUGGGUUGCCUCUUUCCUAUAAAGACAAAUCAAGCUUUUCUAGAGCUGAAUUGGGAAAAGUCAGAAGGAAGAAAAGUUGAGAAUAUGCAGGCUGGUUGCCAGCUCCAGCUUCGGUGACCUCAGCUGGUCAGGUGCUAGCUAGCCACUAGUGUUAGAGGCUUAGAGGAGCUAAGCUAGAGAGUGUGCCCUCAGAGCUCCCUUGCAAACUUCUGGGGACUCCAGGGACAUGGUGACUCAGCACUUGGGACUUUUGGCAUUGGCAAACUUUCUUGCUGUUUCUGACCAUAUGGUGUCCUAGUAUUGAAAGCACUUGUCAUAUUAGUAUGACACAGAGAACAUUGAGUGGUCCCUUGGCCUUACACCAUCCUGUAGCAGCAGCAGGGGGAUGGGGUGUUAUUCCAGUUAAGAGAAAGGCAGCUUCCAGCUGGCUUUCUCUUCCACCCUCCUGGGUGGCAUCAUGUAACCCUGAGACUUCUAAUGAGGAUUGUGGGAUGGGCUGGCCCUUCUCUAUCCUUGCAUUAUGGCAAUUAUUUUCAUUUGGCCCCUAAAGUAGGAAGGUUUCACUAGGUGAGCUCCUGCCUGAGUGCCUGGCUGUUUCCAUUUAGUCCUUUCCUGAAUAGAUGACAAAGCAUUGGUCUCAAGAUGUCUAUAUUCUGGUUGAAGGUGACCUUAUGAAUCUGAGAGGUCUAGAGAUCUUGAAACUAUUAGAAAAUCGACUGGCAGCAAGAAGAGUUUCUUCAUAGUAGAUAACCACUGACAGAGGAAGAGACCUAGGCUGGUUUACUAGAAGAUCCAAACUUUGAGGAAGACAGUGCAGAACUAAGACUAAAUAUAAACUGCUUAAUCAGCAAUCUUACAAAUUGCUUACGUUCUGAUGUCAUUUAAGGAUUAGCCUCCUAGCAGAUAACAGUAGUUAUUAAUUAAGAUGCUGAUCCUGUUUUAAGUCAUUUUGUCAAUGCCACGAGCAUUAUAAUAAUAAUAAUAAUAGUUUAGUAUCUAUUUUAUGUGUGGGAAUAAAAUAUCAUACUGCAUUUAAUUCAUAUUGUACAUUGAAUCCUUUUUUUUAUUCUCUCUUUUGAGAGAAAUAGAUAUGAAUCAGAAAGCUGUUUGAAAUAACUGGUUCCCUGGUAUCCCAGAGUAGGGGCUUAAAUAAACCAAAGAGAAAUGUAAGCCUAAUCCUCUAUUUCACUGGAGUUGAGACUCUUUGUAACUACAGAAUAGUCAAAGUGCCUUCCUAGUAAAGAAGGGCCUGCGAGUCCAACUCCUUGGAUCCAGCAGCUGAUUUUUAAAAUAUAUAUUUUUUCCAGAUUAUACGUUGAUAUGACUUUUAAUAAUUUUUUUCUAACAUUUUGUGAUCCAUGUUCUCCCUCCCUCUUUCCUACACUUUUCCCCUCCCCAAGACAGCAAGUAAUAUGAUAUAGGUUGUACAUGUGUUAUUACACAAUAUAUUUCCAGAUUUGUCAUAUUGUGAAAGGAGAUGACUUUUAUUUACACUAGAGAAAAAUACAUGGAGGAAAUAAAAUGAUCAGUGAUACACUUCAAUCUUCAUUCAGACUCUAGCCAUUCCUUCUAUGGUGGUCGAUAGCCUUUUUCCUCAUGAGUCUCUUGGAGCUAUGCUGGAUCCUUGCAUUUUUCAGAGUAGUUAAGUUAUUCAUAGUCGAUUUUGGUAAUUUAUUGCUGUUACUGUGUACAGUGGUCCUUUGGUUCUGCUCACUUCACUCUGCAACACUUCACAGAAAUCUUUCCAGGUUUUUUUGUGAUCAUUUUGUUGGCUAUUGCUUAUGGCACAGUAAUAUUCCAUUAUGAUCAUGUACUACAACUUGUUCAGCCAUUCUAUUGAAGGACAUCCCUUCAUUUUCCAGUUCUUCAUCACCAAAAAAAUUAGGAAAAAAACCUCUUAACUCAUGUAAGGGCUCAUAGAGCAAAUAUGCUUGCCUUUGCCUCCUUCUCAGAAGCCAUUAGCUGAGGAAGGCCCCUCUUCCUGGUCUGUUGUCUUUCCUUUGGUCUUCUCCCUACCCCCAACCCAAAGCUCCAGGAAUUAGAAUUGCUGAGAAUUCUCCUCUCCAGUCUUCCCCAAAGGAUUGUCAAAAGCUAGAGCCUCUCUCAGACAGCCUAAUUAAGCUGGUUAAUGAGUAGCUAAAUAGGAAGAGAUAAAAGAAUCAUGUGGCUUUAAUGCUAGGACAGUUUGGUUUGUGUGUGUGUGUGUGUGUGUGUGUGUGUGUGUGUGUGUGUGUGUGUGUGAGGGUGGAAUUCUUGCUUGCUGAUGGUGCAAUAUACUACUGGUGAUCUCAUUAAAGAAAUGUUAUUCUUCAUAAACUCGGGUAGCCAACACUAUUUUCUGAAAGUAACUGGUUCUAGGGCAGUAAAGUAAGCUAGCAAGAAUAAUUUCUUCUAAAGGGCAGGUUGGCUUGAGCACUCGAGAGAGACGACAGGUGGGUUGGUACAGCUUUGGGAAUGUAAUCAGCUGAACUGGAUGCUAGCCCAGAAACUGGGGCUAAAGCCCUCAACUUACAGGGCCAGGAUGUCCUUGGUGACCACAUGGAAUUCCCAAGUGCUGGGUUUUAGAUUUCAUUUGAAUGAUAUGACUGUUUCCUGCUUAGACUUCUAAGACUAGCUAGAUUCUUCCCAAUCCUCCUCUUCCAAAGAUGCUAAAACCAUAUUAUGGAAAAUAUUACAUUACAGAAGAAAAGUUUGUGGGAAGAGGAGUUCACAGUCCAAAGCUGGGACUCCAUAUCAUUUUGCACUAGAUAUCAGAGUCAGUAUUUUAGAGAAUUUUAGUAGUGGAUUAAGGCAAAUUUUCUAAAAUAUGAAGCCUCAUUCUCAACCUAGCAACUCAAAACUUAUCUGUAAAAUCACAAGCACAAAUUAUCUUUCUCUUUCACAUUUAUCUCUGUGGUUUUCUGAUCCAGUUAUAUUUAUUAGCAAAUUGGUUGGGGGCAUUAUGGUAUAGUGGAAAGAGCAUUGGAAUGGUGAUAAGUUUACCUGGUUUCUAGUUCUGGUUCUAUAGCUUCCUUGGGCUAUAACCUCAAGUAUGUUAUGAUGUAUGAUUUAGACAUUUGGAACUUGGUCAGAAGAGCUAAAUCUUUCACAGUUCAUCAUCAUUACAAUAUUCUCUGUGUAUAGUUUAUAAUUUUCUACUGGAUCUGCUCACUUCACUUUGCAUCAGUUCAUUAAUUCUUUUCCAGGUUUUUUUGAAACCAUCCUCCUCAUUUCUUAUAGCACAAUAGUAUUCCAUCACAAUAAUAUACUGCAAGUCAUUCCUCAACUGUUGUGUAUCCCCUUAAUUUCCAAUUCUUUGCUACCAUGAAAGAAUCUCCAAAGAGGAAAAGUUGCUGACUAAUAGAGAUAGAAAUGGAGAUAGAGGCUGGGAGUCAUAGUGGAGAACAAGGAGUAUUUCAGUUUCAUCUUUUAGUAGAUAAUAAGGGAGGAACAAUUGUAUGAAAAUGCAGGUGCUGGAAAGGGUUGCCAGAGAAACUGUCAUCCAUCCAGAAUGAGCCAGGUGCCAAGGAGUACAAGGAGUUGGCUAAGCAUAAAAGGAAAAAUUUUGAUAUAAAAUCAAGUUUGCUAACUAUGGAGCAGACAUUCCCAAAAGUACAGUGGGGGAACCUAAUAUAUAGAUUUACAGUAAGAAGAUGGGGAUAGAGGUGUAGUGAAGGGGAGAGGAAUAAGGGAGUGGGGUGUGAAUAAUGACUGGCAUUUCAGAAUCCCUGGAAUGGGGUGGGAGUCAAUUAUUGAGCAAUGAGUUUAGUUUGGUUAUCAGUAUCCCUAGAGGGUCAGCCUCCGGGCAGAGACAGAGACAUCACAGGAUAUUAGGCAACAGUGUGUAGUUGGGAAACUGGAAAGGGUAAAGGAAUAUCUUCUUCUUCCUCCCCUGAGGCUCAGGAAGGAGACUGGUAGAGGUAGGUGACAGAAUGUGAUGUCUCUCUUACCCCAUGGCCCCUUAGAAGUGAUCUAGUUCUUAUCAACUGUGAAAACUGGACUACUGUCAACAUUGCAAUGAUGUGGGACGAUCCUGAAAGACUUAUGAUGGGGAAUAUUAUCCAUCUCCAGAGAAAGAACUGCUGGAGUCAGAUGGAUGUGGAUCAAAGCAUAAGAUCUUUCACAUCAGACUAUUCAUGGUUUUAUUUUGGAGUUCAGGUUUUGUAUGAGUGUGCUCUCACAAUGAUGACCAAUAUGGUAGUAUAUUUUGCAUGAUAAUAAAAUAAAAUUUAAAAAAGUGAUCUAGUUCCAAUCAUCUUAUUUUACAGAUGAACCAAGAGAGACCAAGAGAGAUGACAGUUACUUAUCCAAUAUUACAUGGGAAAUGUGGUGACAGAGAAAGAAUUUGAACUUGGAUUCUGACUCCAAGUUAGGGACUCGACCAUUUUACCACAAUGCCUCAUUAUAUUUGGAAUAAUUUCUUUUGGACAGAGCCGUAUCCUACACAUAUCUUCUAUACAGCAGGAAUUCAAUGUUUCUUGAUGAUGAUGAUACUGCUCAGUUCUUACCUAACUUUGUAAUCGAUAUUUUUCAGAUUUUUUUCCACUUUUCCAAACAGGUCCUGCUUUCAUGUUGUAUGCUUGUUAUCUUAGCUCUCUGGCUAACAGAGGUAAUAGGAGAGAGCAGCAACUGAGUUUUGUCUUUUUCUCCUACCUUUCAAAUCAUUCUCCAUUCCCCCUCUCUCCUUUUUCCUCUUAGGUUCUCAUAGUUCCAUCUAGUCUUCUUGCCUCCAGUUUCUAUGAAAAAGAAUGGAAUCACAUAAAAAAAAAAAGCCCUCUUUUCUUAGGGGCAGCUAGGUGGUUCAGUGAAUUGAGAGCCAGGUCUAGAGACAGGAGGUCUUGGGUUCAAAUUUGACCUCAGACACUUCGUAGCUGGGUGACUCUGGACAAGUCACUUAGCCCCAUUGCCUAGCCCUUACCAUUCUUCUGCCUUGAAACCAAUACACAAUAUUGAUUCUAAGAUGGAAGGUCAGGGUCCCCCCCCCCCCCACCUUGUUCUUAAUGGGUAGGCAAGCUUGGAAUGCAAAGCCCAGGCUACAUGUUUUCUCUGCAAAAAAACCCAGCCCAUCACACUCAAAAUUUCUGGUUCCUGCAGCCAAUGGCCAGCCCCCUAGACUUGGAGGGAUUGUACCAAGAGGAAGGGGAGAUCUGGCAAGAAAAUCUCCACUCCAGAUCCAGUUUAGCCCCCUGACAAACAGCUGCUAAGUGGCCUCCUCCAAAAGGCUCUUGUCACUUGGUUCCUCUAGCUCCUGAACCAGAUGGGUGGGGCCAGGAAGUUCCUUGGAAAGUGUAAUCUGUGUUAAAAAAAAAAAAAGAGAAAGAGAAAAGAGAGAAAAAGAAAAGAAAGAAAGAACUCAUAAUUCCUGAGGACACAAUCUGAAACCUGAGACUCUCGACUAGGGAGUCCUUUCACAGAGGGAGGGAGAGAGAGGAAGAAAGAAAGAGACAGAGAAAAAGGGUUAAAGAGAGUCUAAACUCCGUGGUCAGCACAAAGAGCUGAGCACAGCUUGAACCGUGUCCCCAUGUUGCUAACUGGCCAGAUUAAGUGGUCAGCCCUGAUGCUGGCCAUGGUGAUCUCUUCUCUCUGCUUAGCCCUUCCCUUAGACAAAGAUCGGAAAGCACUCAUAAGGAAAGAAGAGAUGUUGCAAAUUGGGGGGAAGUUGCUGUUAACAAAGCAAGAAGAGCUGGCCAAUGAGAAAUUAAUGGCCCUCAAAAAUGCAGAGAUUGCACAAGCAAUGAAGACAAGUCAAUUUCCACCUAGUAUGCACUUCUUCCGGGCCAAGAAGCUCAUUGAAGAAAGUAAAGUGUUCCAUGUCUUAAAGAAGAUGCCAAAAGGAGCUGCUUUACAUCUCCAUGAUUUUGGCAUACUAAGCGUUGACUGGUUGGUGAGGAAUGUCACCUACAGACCACACUGCUAUCUCUGUUUCACUCCACGUGGUAACCUGCAAUUCAAAUUUGCCGAUCCUGCCCCUCCAACCCCAAAGCCAGAGGAUUGCUCUGAAUGGAUUUUGCUAAAAAAGUAUCGGGGGCAGCUGCAGAAUGUCACUGAGUUUGACAACAGCUUGCUGAAAAACUUGACACUGGUGGUGGACAACCCUGAGCUAGCAUACUCAGAUCAAGCCAUCAUUUGGGCAAGGUUUGAAAACAUCUUUAUCACUGUUGCUGGGCUUGUCCAUUAUGCACCAGUGUUUAGAGAGUACUUCGCUAGAGGUCUGCAGGAGUUCUAUGAGGACAAUGUCCAGUACUUGGAGCUGAGAGCCACACUGUUCCCGGUUUAUGAACUGAAUGGGAAAACACAUGACAAAGAGUGGUCAUUGAAGACUUAUCAAGAAGUAGCCCAGAAGUUUGCCAAAGACCAUCCUGACUUCAUUGGAGCCAGAAUCAUUUAUAGCUAUCACAGGAGGAAAAAUGUGACUUACAUUGCUGAAUCAGUACAGGCUGCUAUGAAGCUCAGAGUCAAAUUCCCAGAGACCAUGGCAGGAUUUGAUCUGGUGGGUCAAGAGGACAAGGGGCAUUCUUUGUGGGAGCUGAAGGAGGCCUUGAUCCUCCCAACCACUCAAGGUUUUGACUUGCCUUACUUCUUCCAUGCUGGGGAGACAGAUUGGCAAGGCACUUCCAUAGAUGAGAACGUUUUGGAUGCUCUAAUACUGAAUACCACCAGGAUUGGCCAUGGAUUUGCUCUGAGCAGACACCCAGUAGCCAAAAAUAUCUCUUUGAAUAGGGAUAUCCCUAUAGAAGUGUGUCCCAUCUCUAACCAGGUCCUGCAGUUGGUGUCUGACCUAAGGAACCACCCAGCAGCUUCUCUAAUGUCCAGUGGGCACCCGAUGGUGAUUAGUUCUGAUGACCCCUCCAUCUUUGGAGCCAAGGGCUUGUCUUAUGAUUUUUAUGAAGUUUUCAUGGGCAUAGCAGGAGUGAAGGCUGACCUGAGGAUUCUCAAACAGCUGACAUUGAAUUCAAUCAAGUAUAGUUCUUUGUCAGCGGACAAAAAGCAAACCACUAAGGAAAUCUGGCAAAAGAAAUGGGAUAAGUUUGUGCAUGAUCUGGCAGAGGGGAAGAAGCUAUGAAGUAAUUUACAUCUAUCGAAAAUUUUCCUGAUGCCAAAGCUGCCGGAACUGAGCCUUCUUGGACAAAUACCUCACAUAGCUAUAUCCUGCCUCAUGUCCUGAUCUUUGGAAGAGAAAAGCAAUAAGCUGGCCCUGUUACCUCUCGGCAAAUCAACAAAUCUGCACAAUUCUUCCGAGCCCUGGGGCAUGUGACCCAUCUAGUCAAACAGUGAGAACUUCCUUAGAACUCUCUGGCAAACUCUUGUUUGUGUGCCCAUUACCUUGAAUCCUGGCUGGCAGUCAGCCUUUUCUCCUUUUGUUAAUGCCCAUUUGGUGGGUUUUGCCAGAUUAGCACCCAAACUACUAGAAGCAACAGAUAGUGUAGUAAAACUGGCAUUGGACUGGAAAGUAGGAAACUUACUUUUGAAUCUUGCCCCUGACAGUUAGUUGGGCAGCCAUGAAAAAUUCACUUCACCUUGCUUAAUGUUUGUUUUUUUCAGAUAUAAGAUGGAGAUAAUAGAAUUUAAGCUACCUACCUCACAGGGCUAUGUAAAUGGGAGCUAUUAUUAUACUUAGUAGAAGUGUUCAAGCAGAGCCUAGGCACCAUCAGGUAUCAGGGAAGUUAUUCCUGCUCUGAGUGGAAGGUUUGAUUAGAUGAUGUAGCUCCAAUUCAGGGAUCUGAUCACUCUUUGAUUGAUAGCUCCCACCAAUGUCCAAAGCAGUGCCUUUUGUCCCAAAUUAAUUAAUAAUAAUUCUAGGGGGCAGCUAGAUGGCUCAGUGGAUUGACAGCCAGUCCUACAAACAAGUCCUGGGCUCAAAUCUGGACUAGCUGUGUGACCUUGGGCAAGCCACUUAACCCCCAAAGCCUAGCCUAUUACUAUUACUAUUACCAUUCUGCCUUGCAACUAAAACAUAGUUUUGAUUCUAAGACAGAUGGUAAGGGUUUUAAAAAAUGGUGAAAAGUGGGAUUGUUUUAGUGGGACACAGAGAAUUGUCAAUAGCAGGAAAUGGGGACCAGCACUAUAGUCUGGACCUAAGUAGGAUUGCUAAUCUGGUAAAAUGAGAUAGCUGAUCUUGGCAGAGUUGUAAACUAGGCCAACAAUUCUGAGAAAUGAUUUAGAACUAUGCCCAAAGGUCUUAUAUAAAUGCCAAGUAUACUCUUUGACUUGGCAAUACUACUGUUUUUAUACCCUGAAGAGGUAAAAUAAAAAGGACUCAUCUAUACACAAAAAUAUUGUAGCUCUUUUUGUGGUGGCACUGAAUAGGAAAUUGAGGGGAUACUCAUCAAUUAGGGAAUGGCUGAACAAGUUGUGCCAUAUGAUUGUGCCAUUUUGAUGAAGAGAGUAGUUUCAGAAAAGAACAUGGCAAGACCUAUACUAACUGAUGCAAAGUGAAGUGAGAGGAAUGAGGAGAUCAUUGCAUUCGGUAACAACAACCUUGUAAUGAUGAUCAACUAUGAAAGAAUUGGCUACUUUGAUCAAUGAUGAUGACAAUUCCAACUGUCAUCAAUACUCUGAUCCAAGACAAUUCCAAAGAACUCAUGAUGAAAAAAUGCUGUCCACUGCCACAAAGAAAGAACUUGGAGUGCAAAUUUAAGUAUAAUUUUCUAGCUUUCUUUAUUAUUUUAUUAUUUCUAUUUUUUGUGAUGUGGCUAAUGUGGAAAAUAUUUUGCAUGAAAAAAAAGAAGAUAGUUUUUUUGACUCAGAGGCUACUACUUCCUGGUUCUCAGGAGGUUUCAUUGGUAAUUAGUUUAAGUGGAAAAAUCCUAGGCAUAAAGUUGGGCACGGUCAGUGCCACAAAAGGAAACUUUCUGGGGUUUCCUUCAUGUGGUAAUCAGCUGGAGAGGAACAAAAAGAGCACUAGACAUAGCUAUUUGCUCUUUCACUUCUGACUAAAAUUUUUUGCUAGGGUUACAGUAGAUAAUACUAAUUUCAUUUGUUUUACUCACAGUCAAUAAAACAUUUAUCAAGUGUCUUCUAUGUGCUAGGUUCCAGGAAGAUAAUGAAAGGUAAGAGACAGAUCUUCAGGAGCUCACAGUUUAAAUGGGGGAAUGGUGGUUCUGUCAUUUCAGUCAUGUCUGACUUUUUGUAACCCCAUCAGGAGUUUUCUUGGCAGAGUUCCUAGAGUGGUUUGUCACUUCCUUCUCCAGCUCAUUUUACAGAAGAGGAAACUGAAGCAAUUAGGGUUACAUGACUUGCCCAGGAUCAUGUAGCUAGUAAGUGUCUGAUUCCAGAUCUGAACUCAGGAAGAUGAGUCUUUCUGACUCCAGGUCUCGUACUCUAGCCAGUCACUGCCGGUGACAGACUAGAACAGAUGAAGGAAAGUUGAAAAGAGAGGAAAGGCCAUAGGGGUAGGGAAGGUAUGAUGAAGUUCAGAGGAGGGCAGCCAAGGAGGAAAUCAUGAGAUGAUUGCCCUGUGUACAUCCCUAAAUAAAGGCUCUGCUCCAGGGGCAAGAAGUCUCCAGGAAGCACUCCCUCUGUACCUUUGGGGAGGCAAGUUAACAGAUGUAUUAAUUUAAAAAAGAGAAUAUUUUAAUCCAAUCUAUAAAGAAACACUUUAUAAUGGGAAUCAGGUGAAUAUUUUCUAAAUAUUUUCAUGAAUUGACAUUUACUCAUAUUUACCUAGUCAGAUGUGGGUGGGAGACAAUUGGAAUCCAUUCUAAUGAACCUAUGGCACAGUUCCUGGCAUAUAGUAAGUGCUUAAUAAUUUUUUUAUUCACAUUAUCUUCAUAUUGUACAUAUAUAUGCAGGCUAGCACCACCUCUUUCUAAAUGUGGAUCCCUGAAGACAAUUAGCCAAAUUCAAGAUAAUGUCUGGGUCAGCAUGGAUUCAAAUCAAAUCAAAGCAUAUGAAUUUCUACUGAGUUUUUAUCAGACUAAAUCAGAUUACAUAUUAACAUAUUAAAUGCAAAAGACAAUAAUUAAAUCAGUAUAGAAAUAUUCAAACUGAUCUAUGAUCUCAUCAACUUGACAGUUCCUUCCAGUGAAAUCCAUCCAUGCCAGCCCAUCCUACAGAGCUCUCACACAUAGCAUCCUGUGAGUUCAUCACAUGAGUCCACCCAAUCCUUGAUUUCUCCUGACAUCUUGAGAGUACUACUGGCAAACUCUGGCCCAUCCACCUGUCAUUUUCAUUCUCAUCACACAACCAAUCCAUCAUCACUUGAUGUUGUACAAUUUUGUUGACAUCCUUUAACAAUAAUAAUUGCUAGCACUUACAUACAGAGCUUUAAUGUUUAUAAAGAAGUUUACAAAUAUUAUUUCAGUUUAUUCUCUUGACAACCCUGGGAGGUAGGUGCUAUUUUCAUCCCCAUUUUACAGAGGAGGAAACUGAGGUCAAGUGACUUGUCCAGGGGCACAUGGCUAGUGUCUGAGAUGCGAUCUGAUCCCUCCCAGCAUUGUCUGCUAGACCACUUUUACACCUGCUCUUCAGAGUGCAUUUGUUUAGUUGUAUGUUUGGUUAUGUUGCAACCUGCUCACACCUGCCAGGCACCUUUCCUUUGGCCAUGAUGACAUUCAUCUGGUUAUACUGUGGUGUUCCAAAUCUUGCUGCCAUUUAGCAACCUCAACAAAGUCUUUGCAUGGAAAAGACGGGCUUUGCUUGAGGCAUUAGAAGCGCUUUGUAAUUUCCCCAAAGCCAUCCGGCCCACUUUUGUCCUCCUUUCCACUUCCUUUGUCCAUCCUAUCAGCUGUCCCAGAUCCACAAACUGCUGGACCAGCUCUCUACGGCUCUAUUCAGAUGCAGGUUGAAAUCCGGGCAAUCGAAAUGGUAAAUAAGGAGGCCACUCCCUGGGCAUCCAUCACAGAGAAUGCCCCAGGACAUGCCUCACAGUUGGAGAGGAACACUGAGCUGGGACAGGCCCCCCUCCCCGUGAAAUAUACUGCUCGGGCUCUAAAAGCAGCUGCUCCCUGCCUCCCCCGACCCGACGCGGCUGAAGGGACGUGCCGGGCUUCUCCCUCUGCUACACUGCCACCUGCCGUUUCUCUGAUGAACUGCUGCUGCCAUCCGGCAGCCCUUCCCCUGGUUCGCGAGUUCUCUUCCCCAGCUGGUCUGUGAGAUCCUCCACAGCCCCAGGGAUACUUCGGCUGUUUGCUGAGCCUCGGCACAACCCCGCAACCAGCAAAGCCAGACUGGUCAGAUCGGCUCUUCCGCCGGCGCUUGCUUUAACCUCUGCGUCUCCAUGGCCACUCGCUAUACAGCCGUUGAAUGGAUUGAGAAUGGGGAAGCAAAAGCAGUUGAUGGGGGUAAAUAAAUGUUUUCUGACUUC